CUUCUACUCGCAAGCUCAGUAAAGCAUCUGAAAUUGCAAGGACCCUCGUAAGUCGUAAUGAACAAUUUGUCCAAUGCCGCUUUGAGAGACAACAGCAACCAUUUUUGCAGCUUCAGACCCCUUCCGACUCCCGCUCUUUACAUUUUGCUACCCCUUUUCUUGUUGGGUCUCGCCGUUUCUGUCUUCUUUCUCAUUGUAGUUCAAAAUGCAGCCUUCGUCAUCUCCUUCCUUUUGCUCUUCUCUCUCGUUUUCGCUUUUAUAGGUUGGAACACCCACAACUGGAGGAAAAAAGGCGCAAUUUUACUCUUCUUUCGCUCUUUUCCUGACUCUGACAUUCGCCGCGCUAAAGAGGGUCAGCUCGUGAAGAUCACUGGGCUUGCAACUUGUGGCGGUGUCUCACUGGAAUCUUCUUAUGAAAAGGCAACCAGAUGUGUUUAUGCAUCCACCCUUUUGUAUGAAUGCAGAGGGUUUGGUAUGAGACCAGUAAAUAUAAACAAAUCAUGCUUUCGUUGGAAUUUAGCAUAUUGUGAGAGGUUCUCCACAGACUUUUACAUAACGGACCAGAAGUCUGGGACACAAGUGGUGGUGAAAGCCGGUUCCGGCAGCAAGGUUAUACCAUUAAUUGCAGAGAGCCAAAUUAUUCAUACCUCAGGACAACACAGAAUCUUAUCUCCUCACUUGAGAAAAUGGUUAAAGGACCGAAACCUCUCAACUGAAGCUCGCAUUCUUCGCCUAGAAGAAGGGUAUGUACAGGAAGGUAGCUCUGUGACAGUAAUUGGAAUGUUGCAUAGAAACGAUGAUAUUGCCAUGGUCCUUGAACCACCCGGUGUAAUUUCCACCGGAUGCAUGUGGCACAAGCUUCUUCUCCCUGUUGACAUUGAUGGACUCAUAAUUGGGAUCUCUCAGAUGGCUGUCCCUGUGACCACCCAAGAGUCAGGCCAACCCAUAGCACAGUAACGUCUAACAUAAGAAAUUAAUUGGCAUCUGGGAUUUUGAUAAUGAAAAUGUCUUUUUUUAAACCUCACCCUUUUUGUUAAUUUAGUUUCUAAUAUACUUCAAAAUUUGAGAAAUAUGUAUCCUUACUGUUUUUGUUAAUUCAGGUUCUUCCCCCAUUAAAAUGUCCUGUUUUUGUAUUUUUAGCUUAUGCUUCCGUUGCUUACUUGAUGUGUUGGAAGAUAUCUUUUCCUGUGAAAAUGUCUAUUGGUUCAAGUCGUUGAGUUGGUGUAGUUCAAACCCUUGUUUCCAUAAUUUUUGCCUCAUGAAUUCUAUGUCUCUCGAGUUGUGGGAUUGUU